GCCCCAGUCGCUUCUCCAUCCCCUCUCUCUCGCUCUCUCUCUCUCUCCUCUAUCAUCUUUCCGUUUGUUUCUCUCUCUCUCUAAUAAUUCCGGCUACUUCUCUUGUCAGAUUCCGGCCAACCCCUUUCUUUCCCUUUAUAUAUACCCAACUCUCACCCUCCCCUUUAGCACUCUUACAUUUCAAUUUUCACACACCCUCCCCACCCACCCUCUCUCUCUCUCUCUCUGUCAGUCUCAGUCUCAGUCUCAAGUCUCAAGUCUCAAACACACCAACUGCUCUAACACAAUCACCCACCAGCUCCAUUAUCAUCACUGACUGAAUAAUACAUGUACUUUCAUGCGGACCCUUUACGACCAAACCGUAGCACGUACCAUUUCUUUAACAGUGUAACCUCGUUUUUGGUAUAGUAUAGAGUAAUAUAAUCCAACACCUUUCGAAUUCGUGACCGAUCUCGAGUUCAGUUGUGGACAGAAAUUCCAAAACUUUGUUUUGUGAUCUAUGAACAGAGCGCUGCCGGAGAUGUUGAACUGUAUGAACGCGCCGGGAGGCCUCGUCGCCGGAAACUGUACGGACAUGACGGUGCUGGACAGACAGAGGACUCGGAUGAGGUGGCAGCAAGACCAGUUCCAGCAGCAGCCGCAGCAGCAGCACCAAGGCUACUUUGGCGGGAACGAGCUCAAUGGGGUGUUCAAUCACGUGCCAAUUCAGGCGAGCCAGGUUCAGAAUUUCCAGGGGUUGAUCGGGCUCGGCGGCGACUUGGGGAUGGGGCAGGCGGUGAAACCCGACCUGAGUUCGGAAAAUGGGUGGACCGAAUUGGGUUAUGGGUCUUGUCGGUUUGAGAUGAAUAAUAUUUCCAGGACUUUCAGCUGCCCGCCCAAAGUUGCCGCCGAGACUGAGAGCAACAACGCCGUCGCGCCUGCCAAGAUUAGCUCGCCGGCCGGCAAGGAAAGCUUUAAGAAGAGGAAAGCCGAUAAGGCACAAAACAAUAAGGCUGUAGCAGAAGAUGAUUCCUCGGACAAAAGAAUGAAAGGGUGUGCAGAGGAGGGUGACUCCAAGAUCACAGAACAAAAUAGCACCAAGAACAACGACAGAGAAUCUUCUGCUGAUACUUCAAAAGAGAAUUCAAAAGCUUCCGAGGUUCAAAAGCCGGAUUACAUUCAUGUCCGGGCGCGCCGAGGUCAGGCCACUGAUAGCCACAGCUUGGCUGAGAGAGUGAGGAGGGAAAAAAUUAGUGAAAGAAUGAAGUAUCUGCAAGAUUUAGUACCAGGGUGCAACAAGAUCACUGGCAAGGCUGGUAUGCUAGACGAAAUCAUCAAUUAUGUUCAAUCCCUUCAACGACAAGUAGAGUUCCUGUCUAUGAAACUAGCUGCUGUUAAUCCGAGGCUUGAUUUCAACAUCGACGACUUGUUUACAAAAGAGAUGUUUCCUGCAAACAUGGCCAAUUUUCCGACAAUUGGAAUGUCAUCAGAAAUGACUAGUUCUGCAUAUCUUCAGUUUAAUCACAUACAACAAUUGCUUCAAUGUUCGGGAUUGGAGAGUGGGAUAACUUCCCCUGAUUCAGCGCUGCUUCGAAGAAGCAUCAGCGCUCCUAUAUCAAUCCCUGAAACAUUUGUUGACACAUCCUGCUUCACGCAAGUCCAACCUCCUACAACUUGGGAUGCCGAUAUACAAAACCUUUUCAAUGUGGAAUUUCAUCAAGGAAGAACAGCACAAUUUCCGUCUCAACCAUUUACAGGUUCCAUUGAAGCUAGCAAUUUAAAGAUGGAGAUGUGAACCAAACAUUGAUCAAUCAUUUGAUGAUUCUUGGAAGCGUUUACUUAAUGCCUCUGAUCCAGAUUUUUUUUUACUCCUAAGUACAUAACAUAUUUAUGUUUGUAAGUAUACCUACAACAUAGUAUGAAUAAAAUAAAUUCCUCCUAUUAACCAUUAA